CAAAUUACAUUGGUAUAAAUCAGGGAUAUGAAAAUGGAGCUCAACAACUUAACUUCUGGUUGUUUUGUGAGAGAUUUACUCACAGUGAUGUAGUGGCUCAGCUGAAGAGAUUGGCUCAGGUCAACACAGAGAUUGGCCUCUGUAGAGCCUGGAUCAGGGUGGCACUCAAUGAUGGGUUGAUGGAAAGUUAUGUCAAUGCUAUGAUCGCAGACAAGAGAUCCCUGCAGUACUUUUAUAGCAGUACAUCAUACUUUAGAGAUCAUGAACAACCAGGAAUUUUUCUUUCCUACUUAAAAGGACUGAUGUCCUACGAGUUUCAGCUGUCCUACAACUCUAGUGUCCUCAAUAACUGGCCUAACUCCUCGCUAGUCCUGGCGGGACUGAUUGACGCUGAGAACACACCUCUGCCUGUCAUUCACCCUAACAGAGCAGCAUCAGGAAAACCUGAAGUCAUCCAAAGAGAGGAAGAUGUGGAGACUAUAAAUCCAGUCAACAAACAAAAGGGGCGAACGAAAAAAAGAUCGAGUUUGGAUGAUGGAGGGUUAUCUCCCCUUCCACAAGGAAGGUCAGUGACUGAGUACAGUUCUGAGCUGACUCAGGAAGAUGUAGACAAAAUUCGCGGCAUGAAGCCUAGAAAUAAAACUAGGUCAGAGUGCUCCAGUUCUAGUCGAGUUUCGUGCCCUGACCCUGUUAAAUACAACAGGAACCCCGCAUCCUAUGUAGGAGAUAAUGGACAGGACAGUGAACCAAUGUUUGAUGAUGAUGAUGAAACAGGUGCUCUGUCAAAGGACAGUGAAGGUCAUGAUACCAGGGUCAAACAAAGUGAUGGAAAAAUGGAUCAACUGUCUCCCAGUAUAAAUCUUACCUCGGACUCCGAGUUGAGUUCACUGGGGAAACCUUCGUUAAACGAUCCGAGCUCUUAUGGGGAACUGAGUUACUCGAGUGCCUCUGCUGAGCUGGUAGACUGUAAGAGCUUAGAGGAGGAAAGCUACUGUGAUACUGAUGGAUCAGGACUUCAGAUAAGUCCUCUAGAGAUGAAUGGAUAUGAGGAUAUACAUGAAUGUCUCGAGGAGUCUAAAGAUACUCAAAGUACAUAUGAUAAAACACAGCCUGUGUUGAUUACGGAAAACAAAGCUAGUGAAGUAAAACUGACAUCUCAGCAGCAAGAUUUUGUAAAUGAACGGAUUUUAGAGGAUAUUCUCAACACAGAACUUAAUAGUCCAUCUGAUUCAGAUAAGAAAGAGCAUGUAACGAGUGACUCUUCAUACGAUAACGGUAAAGAUGACUCAUUUGAACAGAAGAAAAGGACAAGAAAAAAGUCAAAGGAUAAGAAGGAGAAUCUAAAACCUGAGUUUAAUGUGUCACCACGGGACAUAGUUCAACCUCAGCUGUCCCCGGCUGUAGCUGAUGCAAUAGUUACAACGAUGAUGGACCAAACCACGAAGAAGAGGUUCUCUGUCGGGAGUGAAGAGGGUGAGGAGGUCUCCUCUUCUCCACGACGACCCAGGUCAGGGGCGCUAUCUGUCUGCCUAGAGCCAGAAAAUGAGGAUGGUAUUGGAAUAUCUUCACCCCCCAGUGUAGGGAACAGUCUCGGGGCGCGCAGUGGAUGGUCGUCAGAUUUUGAACAACCUGCACGACCAACCACCAUAGCUUCAAUGCCUGUCAGAAAUAAAUCUGAGAGUUUUAACUCCUUGCUGAAGAAUUACACGCCCUCCAGCCAGGUUGCCUCCCCUACGAUGGAGGACGUACUCCAGGAACUUCCAGAAUGCAGUGACUUCUCUUCAUCACCACCACAGGUGGAUCCAACAUUUUCCACAUCUCAGGAAGAAGAUUACGAGAUAGUGGGUGACCCAGAUUCUGAAGGCUCGGAAAGAGACUCUCAAAGCCAGGCCUCCUUGCUUGGGGUGAUAGCCAAUGAGAAAGGACUGGACGCCCAGAAUUACCAGUGUGGCAGCUGUAAACGACCAAUUGGAUUCAUUUAUGGAAAACCUCGGGUUUGCACGUUUGAUGGGAAGUAUUACUGCUUCGAAUGUCAUGAAAAUGAGGAGUAUUACAUUCCAGCCUUUAUCAUUCACAACUGGGACUUCCGGAAGCAUAUAGUUUCCAAGAAGUCCCUGACCUACCUACAAGACAUUGAGGACCAUUCCAUCAUUGAUGUUUCUGUUGUAAACCCCCGUUUGUAUGAACAUAUCAAAGAAAUGGAUCAGCUACAGGUGUUACGGAAACAACUUUGUCAUUUGAAGACGUACUUAUUCACAUGUAAACAGUCGACUGCAGAUGAAUUCAGAAAGAGCAUGUGGCCAAAGGAAUACUUAUACGAGGGCAUUCAUACUUAUACAUUAGCUGAUCUGCUACAAGUGCCCUCAGGUCAGCUGACACAGAGUCUGAAGAAGUCCAUUAAGUUUGCCACAAAGCAUGUGUAUGAGUGUCCCCUGUGUAGUGGGAAGGGGUUCAUCUGCGAGCUCUGUCACAAUCCUAAAGUCAUUUAUCCAUUCCAGACAGAUGAUACAAUCAGGUGUACCAAAUGUAAGUCUGUGUUCCACAAAUCCUGCAAGUCUGAUUCCAAGUCCUGUCCCAAAUGUGCUCGGAGAAACAAGAGAAAAUCACAAACAGGGGACUGCCUGGAGACCCCUGAUAUCCACGAUUAUGCUUUUACCCCGCAACUUGUUGCUUGACAGGAAUUUCCUAUCUGUCGUUAUUGAUCAACCUGCUGAUAUCCAGAUGGGAAAAUUAUACAUAAAUCAGCUGAUUUUAUUUUACAUGUAUUAAAUACUCAUUUUAUAACCAUGGAUCAAAAACAUAACAUAGCACUGUUUAUAAAUAUUUCAAUG